GCCUCAUCACCCUGAAUGUAAAAAUCUUCCUUAUACCCAAUAUAAAUCUCCCCUCUUUCAGUUUGAAGCCAUUUCUCCUUGUCUUAUCACCCUCCUUUCUGUAGCCCCCCUUUAGAUACAGACAGGCCGCCCUCAGGCCUCCCCCAGCCUUCUGUUCUCCAGGCUGCACAGCCCCAGCUCUCUCAGCCCGUCCUCGCAGGGAGCUGCUCCAUCCCUGACCAUUUGUGUGGCCCUCCUCCGGACGCUCUCCAACAGGCCCCCGUCUCUCCUGUGCUGAGCACUCCAGCUGUGGACGCAGUGCUCCAGCCCUGAGGCUACCAUGAGCUACUCACCCCUUCCACCGAUGGCUGGAGCAAACACAGUGGAAGAGCAGAGGGCUCGCUGGGAGAGAAAGCGCAGCCGCACAGCCAAGGAGCUGCUGGUAACAGAGCACAGAUACCUCGAGCAGCUGGAUUUGGUGGUAACGUUCUUUGUGACAAUUUUAAAGGCCAAAGGGACACUGAAACCUGCUGUAAUGGAAACCAUAUUUGGACCCCUGGAAUCCAUAUAUUCUGCCAGCCAAGUUCUGUCGCUUCACCUGGAGAGAGGCAAUUUAGGACUAGGAUUGGAAAAUUUCUGUCAGAAAUUGGAGCUCUACGGUCAUUAUGCUGAGAAUUUCGAACAGGCAAAUAAAACUUUGAUGGAACAAUUGAGGAAAAAUAAAUCAUUCCAACGUUUUAAGAAGCUCCAAGAAACUCGACCUCAGUUUCAAGGGAGGAAGCUAGAGGAUUUGCUUCCUUUGCCUCUGCAGAGGUUGCACCAGUACAAGCAUUUCCUCAGAGACCUGCUGGAGAACACCAACCCAGGCAGUGCUGAGUACCAGGAACUUGCAAGGGCUGUGAAAUCUGUUUCUGAGGUAUCUCAGUGGGUUCAGGACAUUGUUCGUAAGAGAGAGAACUCACUGCAGCUGCACAGGGUUCAGAAACUCCUCAAAGGACAGAAGAUCCAGGUGUUGACUCCAGGGCGCUGGUAUAUCCGUGAAGGCUGGCUUUUGGUUGUGCCCUCGAAGGGCGAAGAAUUGAAGCGCAGGAUGUUCUUCCUUUUUUCUGAUAUCUUUAUUUCAACAAAGCCCUGCCACCCACUGCAUCUGCUGAACUCCAAUAAAUUUGCCUGCACAGCUGUCUAUCCCCUUCACCAGUGUGUCGUGGAUAAAGUAUUUGGCCACACUCAGAGUGAGGGAGGGCUCCUCAGUCUUUCCUUCCCACACAAGACACUAUUGUUGAUGUCCACUGACCAGCAAGAUAUUAAUGAUUGGCACCAGAGUCUCAGAACUGCAGUCAGGCAGCUGAAAGCCUGACCCAUCUGAUACAAGACAACCUAGAGGAUGGCUGCUCUCUUGAAUAGAAGCCAACAUAAAUUCAGGAAACAUUCAGGGACGUACAGUAGGAGAGCUGUGUUUAGAGGAACAAUGAACUUGUGAGAUUUGGAAUGUGUUGUCAGCUCUCUUAAACACCCGUGGCAAAAAAUGGGUAUGCACAAUCAAUUUGUACAUUAAGAAGACUUUCCCCCAACUAACCUUAGUACCUUCUAGCUUUUCUACCCUUUUUCUCUUGAGAUUAUUAAGUCGAAGUACCACUAGAAGAAACCUUCACUUGCUUGCAAUCAUUAAAUAUUUUUUACCCAAAUCAUCACUGGCACAUUUGAGUGUCUACCUUAUCUUACUUUUGGCUUAUAAAUUCUUCAAAUAAAAUGGAUGUUUUGGCUACCAGUAAUGUAGACAUAACACAGUCUUUUCAGCUAGUGCCAAAGGGCCA